CUGGACUUGAAUCUCAGAAUACAACAAAAUUUUUAAAUGCAAUGCAAGGUCACCAAUUCAUAAUUAAAUUAAUGAAGAAAUAUAGAAAAUAAAAUCUAAAUAACAAUAUAUUUUCCUCCCCCUCCUCUAUGCUUCUUAGAUGUGCUUAUUGAGGGUGAAUCCUUUUCUUAAUUUACCGGUUCAUCCCUCUCCUCGUCGACUAGUCUUGACUGGAACCCGUAAUUGUGCACUAAGAAUAAGGGCUGUGUCGGCCACAGACGACCUUCUCCCGAAUGCCGUUCGGCGGAGGAGGGACCCGCUUUGGAGAGGAGGGUUCAGUCUCGGUGUCGACUUGGGAUUUUCUCGCACUGGCCUUGCCCUAAGCAAAGGCUUCUCUGUCCGUCCACUAACGGUUUUGAAAUUGAGGGGGCAGAAGCUUGAGUUGCGGCUUCUUGAGAUUGCUCAAAAGGAGGAGGUUGAUGAAUUCAUAGUUGGGCUUCCUAAAUCCUUCGAUGGAAAAGAGACUCCUCAAUCCAACAAAGUUCGUAGUGUUGCUGGAAGACUUGCCGUUCGAGCGGCGGAGAGGGGCUGGAGAGUCUACCUUCAGGAUGAACAUGGUACGUCGGCAGAAGCUGCAAACCUGAUGAUUGACAUGGGCCUCACCAAGUCUGCUCGGCAAACUAAAACAGAUGCCUAUGCUGCUGUGGUAUGUGGGGAAUUCUAUCAUUUUUGUCAGGGAACUGAGAUAGUACUGCCCAAGAACAUCGAUUUGCAAGAAAAACUUAGAAACAGUGCAUUGGAGGACAUGGAUUUUUUUCCAGAAGAUUUUGUGUAGUGACAGCAAAUUACUAGAACAGUAUUCCUUUCUUCAUUCACACAUAAGCAGGGAGUUUGUGAGAAUGUAGGAGUAGAACCAAGCUAUGGUCUUCUUCUCUUAUGCAUAAGCUUUAUGAAUUCACCAAUCCUGGUGAAACGGCAGUUUGGCAAAGUACAAGGGUGAAAACAUGCAAAUCUGGAAGCAUUGAAGGUGUUUUACCGGCUGCAAUGCUCUCAUGGAAGAAUCUGUGUUCUAAUAUCGUGAUGGCAAAACUUUGAUUUUCUGUCUAAUAAGGCUUUCUAUUCUUCUGGAGAUGUGAGGAAAAAGCUCUUAUUUAUCAUAUUGGCCCUGGCGGAAUAUAAUGCAAUGUUUACACAUGUUAUCAAGUUUGAUUUUCAA